UGUGCGUAUUUGUGGAACUCGAAAACGAAUGUAAAAAAACGACGAUUUGGAAUACGGCCACUAGCAAAACAAAUAUUUGGCGGAAACUCACGAAUGCCACCGGUCCCCACUACACACUCGGACCUGCUGAUCAAACAACCGUAGACUAAACUCGUUAAUGUUCCUCUACCUCCACUCUCGUUAAACGAUCGUUUUUCGUUUUCGCUUCAAGUAAAAUUUUCAACGAUAAUAAAUUGCCAUUACAUUUCACCGUAAAUCUAUGAACGUAAAAAUUCGAAAAGUGUGACAACCUACAGCGUGUUAUCCGCGAAUCGUCUGAUCGCUAAGCGCCGUCGGAGGUAGGUGACUAAUUGUACACACCGGCGUUAAAAGUCCGAGUAAAAUUCAGGCGUCGUUAUUAUUAUUCUAAUUCAAUUUUUUUUAAAUUGCCGAUCCUUGGUAAAGCACAAUGCAUUUCACCACUGCGGUUUUCCUUAAAGCCGCAUGCAUGUGCAUUAUCCCUGCAUUGAGUCACGUUGAAUCGAAGGCAAUCACUAAAGAUGUGAACGAAACAGAAAUGUUUUACUACGAAAUACGCCCGGAACAUUUUAACUGGACAAACGGUGCAGAUACUAAGUUUGUGUUCACACCAUCUUUACAAAAUUACCCAGACUUGCUACAUUGGAUACAUUACAAAUUUAACAGUAAAAAUAGACAUGGAUACUUAUAUGGAACACCGCCCGCAAACUUGUUGAAACGACAAAUCCUAUUGGAUAUUGUUGGAGUAAACAAAAAAACAUACCAGGUUGAGACACAAGUUGUCCAAUUAAACAUUUUUAAAAAAUCUGAAUAUGCAACAAAUGAAGUUAGAUUUAAGAUUAACAAUUUGAAUGUGGAAGAUAUGUUUCAUGAAGAACGCAUACCAUACUUACUAGAUAUAUUUAGACAAAAUUUAUGGUUGGAUAGUAAACAAAAUUUGUAUGUUACAUUUCUAGCAUCUGCCAGUGAUUUAGGGCAACGACUACCAUUAGACCCAAAUGAUACAGAGGGUGUUGUUGUCAAUUUAGGAAGCUCAUCAAAUUUUUCAACAACAUUAUAUGAUCUUGAAAAAGAAAUUAGUCCGUUACAAAAAAUGAAUAAAUGUCCAAAGGAUUUUAAAAGAACAAGUGUUGAACGAUAUUUUCGAGCUAAUGGUUUUAAUUUGGAUUGGUGCAGUUUCAAACUUGUAGAGUUGACUGCCUUUAAUCAAAAUCAUACUAUGAAUGUUCAAGAGAAAAUAUCUAGCACAGAAUAUACAGAAGAAAAUGUUUGGGAAUUAGUGACUCUACAAUACAGUCAGUCCACACACACGGAUAAUACAACAUUUAACAUUACAUUACUUAUUUUUAUUAUCUUCGUGGUUGGGUUAAUUUUAAGUAUUGGAAUAUUUAGGUUGUAUAAAAAAAAAGUAAUUUUUUUUUGA